GGUGUUGUGUGGCAAAGGUUUCAUAUUUUAUUGUUUUUGUUUUUCGUGGCCUGUACGGGUUUUCGGGGUGAGCCCGCUCUCUCUCUUCUGUUGUUCCGAGGUUGCAGCGUCGUUGUUCUGCAGUGUAUGUCAACACGGAGAUAACAUUCCAGAGUAUAAGGCCUCCGUCGUUUGUGAUUCGUUGGGUGAAGAGGAAAAAAAAGAGCCAUAUCGCGAACCUCGCACAAAGAUCCAACUUCACCUGACAACCUGUCGGCCUCCCCAUCGCCUAUCCCAUCUCAUUCAAUUGGGAGAUCGUGAGUCGAGUUUGCCUGUGUGGUAGUGGAUCGCAGCAUUUUUGGGCUCGCGAGACUUCAAUGCGCACUUGCAUCUGGAAGACGAAACUUGUCUUGACGAACUACUCGCGUGAUUCUGCGAAACGGGCUCCCGUCGAUCGGUAGUGUGCGGUGUAGAUUGCAUAAGUUUCCAGCUUCACAGCUUCACGUAGGUGCUAAACUGCAAUUUGUUGUCAGCUCAGGCGUGUUGAUCGUUUUGUGCGGGUGCGGAACAAAGUUCAUCGAAAAUGUCCUAUCAGUGCAAGAAUUGUGAGCGUGAGAAGGACCAAAACAAUAACUACGUCAAUGCCACCUAUGCGGCCAAUGCCCAUGGCACUCGUGGCAAUAGGUCCGGUUCAACCCGGUCCAGCAGAAACGCCGCCGGCAAUGGGGGCGGCACUAACGAAAACGCUAACGGAUCCAGCCACGGCAGUGCCAACGGGGGAACGGGUUCCCAAGUGACAGGGGCCACCCAGGUGACGGCCAAAGUGAUGUGGGGAAGUGUCGGAGCGAUCAAAGAACUGCGCGAGAAGGAACAAGCCGAACGAAAUCAGGUCACCAGGGCCGGACGCCGACAGUAGAGUCGGUGUGUGCAGAAGCAAUAUUUAGUAGUAGUGGAAAAGGUUGUUCUAGUGAGCAGUGCGCGAAAGCGGUUUGGAGAAGAAGUUAUUAAUUUUUUGCUUUUGUUGUUGAGCCAGAACGUGUGCGAUUUUUCAAUGUUAUCAACUUUUAUUCUAUCUAAACUAGUAGUUAAUUUAUUAUCAUUAACAUUAUCAAAUCGUUGAGAUUUUUAUGACAUACUGCAGCACCGACCGAACAACGCAAGGAAUUACGUCAAUGACAACCAGUUGCAUCAUUAUCACAACCGCAAUUGCCGUCGUACUCGUUCUCAUUCUAACCACGGAGCCAUGCGAUGGCUCCACCGAGGAAUCCUCAACCACCCCCGCCGUAACCGUUCCCAACGAUGACCACAAAGACGACACCA